UCGGCCGGUCGAGUUGUGUGCCAAACGCUCGGCACCUGUCGCCCCACACGUGUUGCGUUCCACUUGCGCUGCGCGUCUCCUUCGAUCUCACCCGCGUACACCGCGGCGUAUGCGUUACGUUACGUAUUGUUUGGUGCAGCCACAGCGAAAUAAUAUCUGAUUGUUUUAGUUAUGUGAGCCGGAGAGUGGAGUGCCCCAGAGCCAGUACUUCAAGCACCAGCAGUGAUUUAACUCAUAUUAAAGUGUUGGAAAAUACGACAAAGAAGUGUGAACUUGCGGGCCAUAAGAAUGAUAAAUUGUUUGCCCUGUUUUGCUAGAAGGCGAAACACCAUCAAUGUGAGUGCUGCGGACUGUGUGCUCUUCCACUAGAGCUCCGUGCCGCUCGGGGGCAAUGAAAUCGCGGAAGCUGCCAAAGGGCUUCGUGCUUUGUGGCCUCAACUGUUUGACCUUCGUCUACUUCCCGCUCGUCCUGCCCAUCCUGCGAUGCUCGGCCGGAGCAGCAGCAGGGCCGUCCGGCGGGUCAGGGGGCUCAAAGACCGCCGACGACUUCGACUUCCGGAUGCAGCGUGUGCGCAAUGUCCUGAAGGAAGUGCCCCUAAUCGACGGACACAACGAUCUGCCGUGGAAUAUCCGCAAGUUCCUCAAGAACCAGCUGAAGGACUUUCACUUUGGCGGCGACCUGCGGGAGUUGGCUCCCUGGUCCUCGAGUGCCUGGAGUCACACGGAUCUUCGCCGUCUCAAAGAAGGCAUGGUGUCCGCCCAGUUCUGGUCCGCCUACGCCCCCUGCUCAUCCCAGCACCUGGAUGCAGUGCAACUUACCCUGGAGCAGAUCGACCUCAUCCGGCGACUGGUCCAGCUGUAUCCGCAUCACAUGGCGCUGGUCACGACGGCCUCGGGAAUCGAACAGACCCAUCGGACUGGCAAGAUCGCCAGUCUCAUUGGCGUGGAGGGCGGACAUGCCAUCGGCACCAGCCUGAGUGUCCUGCGAAUGUUCUACCAACUGGGCGCCAGAUACCUGACUCUCACACACACCUGCAAUACACCUUGGGCGGACUGCUGCAAAGUUGACGAACCGGGGAAGUACCCGCACAUAGGCGGCCUCUCGCAGUUCGGCAAGCUGGUGGUCAAGGAGAUGAACCGACUGGGCAUGAUUGUUGAUCUGUCGCACGUCUCGGUGCCCACGAUGCUGGACGCCCUGGCCGCCUCGAGGGCCCCGCUAAUAUUCUCGCACUCCUCGGCGCACGCCAUCUGCAACAGUUCCCGCAACGUUCCCGACCACGUCCUGCAACGCAUUGCAAUAAACGGCGGUCUGGUUAUGGUGGCCUUCUAUCCGCAUUUCGUCAGCUGCUCGGGACAGGCGACAUUGCACGAUGUUGUGGCGCAUAUCAACCACAUAAGGGAGGUGGCCGGCAUCGAUCAUGUUGGCAUUGGAGCUGGCUACGACGGAGUCAACUUAGUGCCCAAAGGACUGGAGGAUGUGUCCAAAUAUCCGCAUCUUUUUGCUGCCCUGCUCGAGUCUGAUAAAUGGUCGGAGGAGGAUAUUGCCAAGUUGGCUGGCAGGAAUCUAAUACGUGUAUUCAAGGAAGUCGAAGCGGUGCGCGAUCAGAUGGAACUUCUGCGAGUGGCACCCAUUGAUCAGUCAAUUCCAGCCGAAGACAUUAUGGGCCGAUCCUAUUGUCGUUAUCAAGGACCAAGAACGUGAUAAUUUCUCCAUUUGUAGAGCUCACCCAUACGCACACAGCGUCUCAUUCAUCGCAGCCCCGUGGCGAAAAUGGCAAAAAAUUAUGUCAAGCGUACGUGUUGUAAAGUGAAACUUGUUUUAGGUUAAUUGACAAAGUUUUCCUCCUCUCUGCCGCUGAUGUUGUGGUUUUUGUUAUUGUUUGUGUGUGGCAUGAUGCUGCACAAACGCAUGCCCACCACACACAUUCGCAAAAAAAACGCCGACAUUUUGCAAUCGCUCAGAGUCGAGCAGCUGGCCAACUGCUGUUGCUGCACUGAGAAAAACUAAUUAGGUAGACUCAAAAUUCAAGGAUUCAAUAUUCCAAUUUUUAAUAAUUUAGAUACAUUCUUAGUUAUUUAACAUCAUCACGAAAUGAUAGAAAGAAAUCUUUCUUUUCUAGUUAAUUGUUAAUAUCAUUUUGAUUAUUCAUGACCAACUAUCGAAGGGUAAGACUCUUUAUUAUGUAGAAAACAUUUUAUAAAUGCAUUUAUUUCAGUCAUAAAAAUAAAAACAAAUAUUUUUAAUAUUUGUUAGACUCUAGUAAUAUUUACUAAGAACUUAAAUUUGAAAGUGCACUUUUAAGGUUAUAGAAGUACAGAUUUCAAAUAUACAUUUAAAAAUUUCUUAAGAAUCCAAAAGUCGAAAUCCAAAAGUGGAAAUUAUUAUAAUUUAUUUGAAUAUCAAUGAUUUUUCUCAGUGCAUACAACUUUGUGCCCAGCUGGGCUCUGCCCAGAAACAAAUACAAAGUGGCAAGAGGAGACCGCCACCACCAACAAACGCCCCCAAGAACCCCCUAGCCCCGCUCCAUCCCCAUUCCCGAACUGGCCAACAUUGUGUAAAUAUCAUUGCCAUGUUUAUUUUUAUCUCUAGCUCUAGUUCUAAGUCAGGCAAAAAAGAAAGCAGAACAAGGAGGAUUAAGAAUGCGAAACAGAAAAACCAUAGCACACAAAAGCUAGAGAAAGUAAAGCCUAUAAUAGCGAAAGUAAAGCACAUUUAGCCUGAAAUUAAUAAACCGAAAACAGAGUGGAAAGCGAAUUCGAAUUCAAAGCCGAGGCUAAUCACAAAAGUCAAGCUCAAUGUUAGCACAGAAGGAAAAUCUAAUUUUUCAUCGUGUAUUUUUUCUAUGAAAAAGUUAUUAAAGUUUACAAAGAAUAUAGCUAAUAGUUAAUGAAAUAAAUGUUGAAUUCAUACGAACGUGCGAUUUUUGCCGGACUUAUUCGGAUCAGAUAGCGAAUGCAGUUCGUUAAUCUGAAUUCAUUAGCCGGCACGCACAGCAAAACGAUUUAAUUAUAAUCCAUUAUGCGUUUAAAGAGUUUUUAAUUUCGUUAUUAACCUAAAUGAAAUUCCCAUUUAAUUAGUUAAUUAACAUUAAACAUUUUAUUAGCCAAGGUUUAAUGCGAAAUCGAGGACAACCGAAAAAGAAGAAUGUAAUUCAAUGCACGAGUUGAAUGUAACCACAUUUUUUGCAUCAUUUGUAAGGCUUAAAUACCAAUCUUUUAAUCAAUAUUCAAGUAAAGCGUUGCCAUUGCAAACGAAAAGCAGCGAAUGGUAAACAUAUUGUAUAAUUAAUAGAUCCAUACAAAAUUCAACCCGCCAAAAUUGCAAAUAAGUUCACAAGCAAACCAAUUAAGCGAGAAAUAAUAUUAAAAAUCAAUUGUAUAGAGAGCAAAUGGGAAAACUGUAAGCGCGUUUGUUCAAGAACCAUUUAACUCGUAUACCUACACAUACUCACCUAUAUCACUCACUCAUGUAUAGAUAUGUACAUUCAAAUAUUUUGUUUUAAUUUAGUCAUCAAAUUUGCAUAGGCAAAAAGAAGAUGGCCUCCAACUUUUUGCAGCUCAACCUACAAAUGAAAUGAAACUGUUUUGUUUAGAGAAAAACGUUGAAAAAUAGAUCCAAAUCCAAAACAUAUUUAAUGGUUAAACGAGAGGCGAACAAAACAAAAAGGCAAAGAAUAACACAUGUGAUCAAAACUAAAAUUAAAUUACAGAUCUAUAUUAUUACUACUUACAUAUAACUAAAUUAUUUAAUGUUUAACAACAUACAAAAACUGACAAAAACCGAAAAUACAAACAAAUUCAACCAUUUUUACUGCUGAUGGAAAUUGAAAAGAAAACUACAAUUUAUCGAUUACAAUUAGCCUAUAAUAAAGUGGAAAACCUAACUGUAACCGUAUAGGAAAAUACUUGAGAAAUGCUGACAGCGUUUUAACAUCCUGUAAAUAUUUGUAUGGAUAAUGAUCAAAUAGUAAUAAUAAUUGUAUGGAAAGUAUGUCAAGUUGUGAAUUGGAAAAUAACCAAAAACAAACAGAGAAUAAAUAAAUUAAUUCAUAUGUGUAAAUUGGAAGAUGUCGUAAGUGGCCAGCAGAAAAAUACCAAA